GCACGAAAUUGAAACCGCCUCCUCACCAGACUCUCUCUUUCCCACAGUCAACAGGAAGACUGAGCAAAGUCAGACCGGAGACCAAGGAGAGAGGAGCCACACUCAGACAGAGGACGACCAGGGAGAGAGGAGCCACACUCAGACAGAGGACAUUGCAACAGCUGCAAAUUCAGCACAAAGAAACGGGACGUCUCAGUAAAGGAAUGAACACAAGGAGUAAGAAUCACAGAGAGUUGGAGAAAGUCCAGCUAACGGCUCCACAAAACGUAGAGGUGGAGAAAUCAGACAAGAAAAGUUUCAAAUACAGGGAGGGGGAGAUUUCAAAGCGUACUUCAAAGGAAAAGCCAAGGCCGUCUGCUAUGGCUGGGCAAGUAUCCAAGAGCUCAGCGCAGCGACUUAGCAGAGACCUGACCUGUUCAAUCUGCCUGGACCUUUUUAAGCAGCCCGUCUCUCUGCCCUGUGACCAUACCUUCUGCCAGGCAUGCAUCGCUGGCUACUGGGCAGGUCCCAGAGGGCAGGUCCAGGGGGGCUCUGGCUCCUGUCCCCAGUGCAGGAAAGUGUUCCCUGGUCAGAGCUAUCGGCCCAAUCGCAUUGUGUCCAACAUAGUGGAAAGCUACUGCCAGGGCUUAGAGGAGAGCGGGGGGCUGCUGGGGGACGGAGGGGUUCCGGACAGAACGCCUGCCCCAGCCCCACGCUGUGGCCGCCACCGAGAGGAGCUGAAGCUCUACUGUGAGGAGGACCAGGAGCUGGUGUGCCUGGUGUGCGGUCUCUCUCAGGAGCACAGGAACCAUAACAUGGUGUGUGUCCAGGAGGCUCAGCAAAGAUACCGAGCAUCUCUCAACAGCUCCAUGGACUCUCUGAAAGUUGAGCUAAACAUGGCCAUGCAAUGUGAGAGAGAGACUGAGGAAGAGGUCAAAAAGCUUAAGGAGCACACAGCAGACCUGAAGCAGCGCAUUGAGGCCCAGUUCAGCGACUUGCACCAGUUCCUGUACCAGGAAGAGAAACUGCUGCAGGUGAAGCUGAAAACGGAGGAGCGCAGGGAGCUGAUCAGGCUGGAUGAACACAAGGCCCUGCUCUGUGUGGAAGUUUGCCGUCUACAAAGGGCCCUGAACGAGAUCGAGGACAAGCUAAGGGAGCAGGACCCCUUUGCUCUGCUGCGGAAUAUCAAGACCCUGCUCCAGAGGCCAACGCCAAAGUUUGAGAAGCCCACUCUAACGGCUCCUAGUCUAUGUGAGGGACGAUUCGCAGGACCCCUGCAGUAUCGUGUGUGGAAAUCACUGAAAGGAAGCAUAUACCCAGUUCCAGCCGCCAUUACCUUCAACUCCAGCACAGCCAACCCUUGGCUUAGCCUGACCUCCUCCCUCACCUGUGUCCGCUACCAGACCUUCAACCACACCGUCCAAGACAACCCCGACCGGUUCAACGCCGCCCUGUCCCUGCUGGGCAGCCAGGGCUUCACCCAUGGCCGACACUACUGGGAGAUCGAGGUGUACAGCAGCACCGUGUGGACCGUGGGUGUGGCCAGAGAGUCUGUAUCCAGGAAGGGGGUCAUCAAAGCCCUGCCGACCAAUGGCUUCUGGACCCUGUCCCUGUCCUAUGGGAUACAGUACAUGGCGUGUACUUCGCCGCCCACCGUGCUGUCGCUAGAGGAGCGUCUGAAUAGGAUAGGGGUUUAUCUGGACUACAGGAGGGGCCUGGUGUCUUUCUACGACGCGGAGAACAUGACACACCUGUACACAUUCCGGGAGAACUUCACAGAGACACUGUACCCUUACUUCAAUCUGGGAUUCCUGGAUAAAGUGCAUGAGAAUGAGCCCCUCAAAGUUUUCCUUCCCAAAAUAUGACAGCCAUAUUUUCUGUAGCCUCAAAAGCCUGAAGCGAGUCUUACGCUGUUGGUGCUAAACCUCAUUCAGUGUGACUGACGAAUGGCGAGUGUCUGACACAGAAUGCAUAUCGUAUUGUUUUAAAAUGGUAGAAAUUAAGUAAGCCAACUCUUUCGUUUCAGAAAUAUGUUACCAAAGUCAUCUGGAAGGUAGGCAGUUAGAUUCACAGUCAAGUUUGGUAAAUGUUUCUGCCAUGAUUUUUAUGUAUGCACCUUUUAUAACCUUUUUGCUGUAUCACAGUGUAUAUAGCAUCUGAUUAACGAAUGAUGAAUACAAAAUUGCCUCAUCAUCCACAAUGACAGGUCAUUAUUUCUUCUAAAAAGGUACGGCAAAUAUUUGAAUAAGUAAUCAUCAGUGCAUAAUUAUAAUUUUUAUAUGAUAAUUUUUAUAUGACAACUGAAAUGUAUAUACCAAGAUAGCGUUAAAAAUGAAUAAAACAUUUUUCUCUCUUU